CCUCAUCACCAUCCAAGGCGACACCGCCGUUCUCUCAUUUAACCGCACUAUACCAUUCUUGGAGGACGACGUUGUUAGUAUGUUCCAAAUCAUGGCCUCUUUGGGCCAUGUAGAUCAGCAUUCACACUGCUUAAUUUCUUCCGUUUCCAGACGACGAAAAUCAGCCAGGCGGAAUGGCUUACGAGUCGAUGGCUCCUCCCUCGCUAGACAUGGGAGAUUUCUUCGAAGGCCGUCAUAUCCGACCCUUACCCAAGCGCAAGCGGAUGCCCCUUGACUUUGCAGAUCUGACGGAAGACUUUUACGAGGAUUUGCGGCAGUCGCUACCAGUGGACGGCUCUUUCAUGGAGUCCUUACCCUCGUUCAUGAACGCCGCAAAUAUCGACCCCACCUCAGCUGAGGCUUAUUUUCCCCUGAUCCACAGCAUCCAGCCAGAGCCGGUGCAGCCCCCGGAGGAUCCGAUUUCGACUGCACGAAUGCAAUCUCCGACGGUUAACGGCAUUGAGGAAGAGGAGGAUAGGGGCGACGGUGAUUAUGUCGAUCACCUGCAGAAUCCAGCCAAUUCAAAGAAGAGGAAGAUUCCCGGUGCUAGACGUCCUGAACACUUUUCGCCUGAAUCGGACGGGGCGAUCGAUCACGGAGGUGGUGCUGCUGCUGCAGAGAAUGCGUCGGGGCAUGGUGGCUCUGUGCAAAGGGAGAUGUCCACGGUUCGAACAGUGCAUGUAUCAAGGACGGCACUUGCUGGAGAACGUGUUCGAGAGAAGCUGAGAGCGAGACGGCGACAGCUAGAAAAUGUCAUCCCUGCGGGGUCUGACAAGCUGGCCGUUGACCUUGCGCUUACGCAGUUGAACGUUCCUUCGGCCCCCACACCUUUAGGUGGCGCCUAUGUGACAAAGGGACGAUCUUUAAAGCGGAAGGCUGGUAUGACGACCCCGACACGAAAACCCCUUGCGGAUAGAACAAUACAUGAGGCGGACAACGGUUUCCUCAGCCAAGAGUUCACUUUCGAGUGUCGCAGCCCGAGUUCGGCUCGUUACAUCACUGUCAACGAGGACAUGCACAUGCUGCAGGCUACGUUCGAAGACGAAAUAAGCCGCCAGGCGGCAAAAGCGGCCGAGGAGGCGUCCAAGCUGGCCGCUAUUGUUGCCAACCAUCAUACUGACGAGUCCAAAAGCAACAACGAUUUGAAAGGUCGCAAGCGCCCGUCUGCAAACCAAGCACCACUGUCAUCUGCAUCACCCGAAGUUACUGGAAUGUCGAAACAUAAGGGGUCGAAGAAAAAGAAGCGGUCUGCAAUUGCCAAUGCCUCCAAUCCACACCAUUUCCGCAACUAUGUACCCUCUCGGCUCCCAUAUACCAGUCAUCCAUCUGGCGCUGCCGUUAAUGCCGCAAGUCUCAAUCUUGCCUUCGGACCAUUACCAGUCGAGUUCCUCACGUCACUGCUACCUCCCCGAUCUGGAAAAUCGACAGACGUUGCUCACGAUACAGCUGCAGGUGUCCCUCCGGCCGAUGAAUGGAUUUGCCCCUUUUGUGAUUAUGACGUAUUUUACGGCGAUGAUGCGAAAUUCCGCAGAGCGAUUAGAAAGCGAAAGCGAAUUCUGCGACGGCGCAGACGUGCAAGAGAACGAGCUGCAGCUGCAGCAGGCACAACGGCAGUUGCCCCUUCAGCGGAUAGUCAGUCGGGUGGUUAUGUCGAGGAUGACGAGGCGAUUAGCAAUGAGGCGGGGCGUUCUGAUGUGGGCCUCCCAGGCGGUGGUGGAGCUGCCCGUGGUAAACGAGAGGGUGCCGGGUGAGCAGAGCAUAUUUGGGUAGUGUAGAACCUGUUUCUUUCUAGUAAGAGAACACAAGUAGCCUGGUGACCCAGCAGUUGUAAA